AUGUCACAGCGAUCUUGGGUCAGUCCCGGUGUGGCCUACCUCACACGGGGUUUGCUUUUCGUUGUCGUUCCAGCAACCUCUUUCGUCGUGAUCGUAGUACGCCUGGCCUCUCUAAACGGCUUUCGGAUCUCUCCAUGGCUUAUGUCUGCGAUGGUUUUGAGUGCAGCGCCUCUGGGGUUCGCGGCUUACGUUCUUGCGGAUGGCAGAUUGCAGCAACGAAAGGCAGAUCGACUGGGUGCCAGACUCAUCCCACGUGUCCAGGGCAGAUGGCCUGGAAAUCUGGAUAAGAUUAUGAACAUGGUCCUGACGUCCGAGAACGAAUACCUUGGUUCAGUUUCCAUCAUUCUUUACAGAAUCAUACUCGGGCCGACUAUUAAUCUUCGUUUUUUGUGGGAGGACAUUAUCUUGACCGCGGAGCCGCAACACAUCAAGACCAUUCUCGCGACCGACUUUGAUAACUAUGUUAAAGGUCCCAAGCUCAGAGAAGCUGCCGACUCCGUCCUUGGAACAGGCGUAUUUAACUCUGAUGGUGCUUCUAGGCUUCACCGAACCAUGACACGACCUUUCUUCACUCAUGAUCGAAUAAGUCACUUUGAGAUCUUUGACCGUCAUGCGGACUAUGCUAUCGCUUUGGCGAAGGGACGUUUUCGAAUGGGCUUGGCAAUUGACUUCCAAGAUCUCAUCUCUAGAUUUACGCUUGACUCGGCAUCGGAGUUUCUAUUUGGACACUGUAUCGAUACACUUUCCGCUGGACUCCCUUACCCAUGUAACGCGACAGAAUGCACAGACGCCAUUCAAGAAGCCAACACGGCUGCCGCCUUCGCAGAUGCUUUCUCUCAAGCUCAGCAUGUAAUCAAUCGUCGUGUUUCAAUCGGGCAGACCUGGCCACUUGCUGAGAUUCUUGCUGACAGCACUGCACAACACAUGAAAGUGGUACAUGCAUUUUUAGAUCCGAUCCUCAAAGAGGCUCUGGAGAAGCGUUCAACGACUGCCGAAUUAAACCGAACUGAAUUUGCGGACCAAACCCUUCUGGACCAUCUCGUAAAUGCUACGUCUGAUUUCAAAAUCAUUAAAGAUGAGACGUUGAAUAUAUUGCAGGCUGGAAGAGAUACUACAGCCUCGACAUUAACAUCGGCUAUUUAUCUGCUCGCGAUGCAUCCAGAGUUCCUUACUCGACUCAGGGAGGAAAUCGUAUCAAAGUUUGGGCUAACUCGCAGGCCCACAUACGAUGAUAUCAAAGAGAUGAAGUACCUUCGGGCAGUCCUAAAUGAAACAAUGCGCCUUUUCCCCGCAGUCUACCUGCUCAGGGAAAGCGUACAUGACACCACAUGGACAUCUCCCGAACCUGGGAAGAAGCCACUGUUUGUCCCAGGGGGGAUCUCGAUCUGGUAUUCAGUGUUCCUUAUGCACAGGAGAACGGAUCUAUGGGGACCAGAUGCGCUGGAGUUCGAUCCGGAUCGAUGGCUCGACGAGCGCGUGAAUAAAUACCUGAUUCCCAAUCCCUACAUUUUCCUACCAUUUAAUGCAGGACCCAGAAUCUGCUUAGGGCAACAAUUUGCGUACAACGAAAUGUCGUUCAUGCUGAUUCGCUUACUGCAAAACUUUUCCGCGAUUACGCUGUCACCAGAGCCCGCAAUGCGCCCACCUGCGUGGUGGGCUGAGAAAGACGGUCGGCAGGCAAUUGAGCAAUUCAGGCCGCGAAACCACCUGACACUCUAUGCCAAGGGUGGCAUGUGGGUUAAGAUGGAAGGUGUAGAUGACGCCGAAGUGAUAAAUUAA